AUGGAAUCCAAAAUUCAACCAUUUUUCCUCACUUUUUUCCUAUUCAUCAUUCUUACCCAUGCAGAAGAAACUCUUGGAACUUAUAUAGUUCAACUACACCCUCAUGGCAAAACCAGCACCCUCUUCACCUCCAAACAAAACUGGCACCUCUCUUUCAUUCAACAAACCAUCUCUUCCAACCAAGACCCCUCCUCGCGCCUCCUCUACUCCUACCACUCCGCCAUGGACGGUUUUGCGGCUACUCUAACCCACUCCGAGUUCAAAUACUUGCAAAAUUUGCCUGAUGUUCUAUCCAUUAAACCGGACAGGUUGCUUCAGCUUCAAACCACCUACUCUUACAAAUUCUUGGGGCUUAACCCUGCUAGAGAAAACGGUUGGUAUCAAUCCGGAUUCGGCCGCGGAACCAUAAUCGGAGUUCUAGACACCGGAGUGUGGCCGGAGAGUCCUAGUUUCAACGAUCAAGGGAUGCCGCCGGUUCCGAAGAAAUGGAAAGGUAUAUGCCAACAAGGACAAGCCUUUAACUUUUCUAAUUGUAACAGAAAACUCAUUGGUGCGAGGUACUUCACAAAAGGUCACCUUGCGGUUUCGCCUUCGAGGAUUCCGGAGUAUCUCUCUCCCAGGGACUCCUCUGGCCACGGCACGCAUACCUCGUCCACGGCGGGUGGCGCUCCGGUCACCAUGGCAAACGUGUUCGGGUAUGCGGCCGGCGUGGCCAGAGGAAUGGCACCGGGUGCUCACAUUGCAGUUUACAAAGUCUGCUGGUUCAAUGGCUGCUACAAUUCCGAUAUCAUGGCGGCCAUGGAUGUUGCGAUUCGCGACGGCGUGGACGUCCUCUCUUUGUCAAUAGGCGGCUUUCCGGUGCCUCUUUUCGACGAUAGCAUCGCCAUUGGAAGCUUCAGAGCAAUGGAGCAUGGAAUUUCGGUCAUUUGUGCAGCAGGGAAUAAUGGACCUACAGCAAUGUCUGUUGCCAAUGAAGCUCCAUGGAUUGCCACGAUCGGCGCAAGUACAGUGGAUAGAAAAUUUCCGGCUAUCGUCCGCUUGGCGAACGGAAAGAUUCUCUAUGGAGAAUCAAUGUAUCCGUUCGACAGGCGAACGCGAACCGGAGAAGAACUCGAGGUAGUUUAUUUGUCUAAUGAAGACACAGAGUCUCAGUUUUGCCUCAGAGGCUCUCUUCCAAGGGAGAAGGUGAAAGGAAAAAUGGUGGUUUGUGACAGAGGUGUUAAUGGCAGAUCAGAGAAGGGACAGGUUGUGAAGGAAGCUGGUGGUGCUGCUAUGAUUCUGGCGAAUACAGAGUUGAAUUUGGAGGAAGAUUCCGUGGAUGUUCAUGUUCUGCCUGCAACUCUGAUAGGAUUUGAUGAAUCAGUUAUCCUCAAGAAUUAUAUAAACUCCACUGCAAGGCCUCUGGCUCGAAUCGAAUUCGGAGGAACUGUGAUCGGAAGGACUAGAGCUCCACAGGUGGCAAGGUUCUCGGCCCGUGGGCCGAGUUAUUCCAAUCCUUCGAUCCUUAAACCGGACGUUAUAGCUCCGGGAGUUAACAUAAUUGCGGCCUGGCCUCAGAACCUCGGUCCGACCGGGCUCCCGGAAGAUUCUAGGAGAGUGAACUUCUCUGUUAUGUCUGGUACUUCAAUGUCUUGUCCUCAUGUUAGUGGAAUAGCGGCGUUAAUCCGCUCGGCUCACCCUGCAUGGUCUCCUGCGGCCGUCAAGUCAGCUGUCAUGACGACCGCAGAAGUAACAGACCAUGCAGGGAGAGCUAUACUGGACGAGGACAAGCAGGCUAGCGUUUUCGCUACCGGCUCCGGGCACGUGAAUCCUCAGAGAGCCUUGAAUCCGGGGCUGGUAUAUGAUAUUCGGCCGGAGGAUUACGUGGCACACCUUUGCAGCCUUGGAUACACAAUGUCAGAGGUGUUUAGCAUAACUCAUAGGAAUGUGAGCUGCCAUGAGAUGUUGAAGGUGAAUAGAGGGUUCAGCCUUAACUAUCCUUCUUUCUCGGUGAGUUUUAAGGGUGGGAUGAGCAGGAAGAUGUUUAGCAGAAGAGUUACAAAUGUUGGGAGUCCUAAUUCCAUUUACUCGGUGGAGGUUAUGGCACCAGAAGGAGUGAAAGUGAUAGUGAAACCAAAGAAGCUUUUCUUCAAGAGAAGAAAUCAAAGCUUGAGUUAUAGGGUUUGGUUUUUGUCAAGAAAAAGGGUUAAGAAAGGUAAUGGGAUGGAUUUCGCACAAGGCCAUUUGACUUGGUUGCACUCUCAGAAAGGUUCUUACAGGGUUAGAAGCCCAAUUGCAGUGACUUGGAAGUCUUAG